UUUUUUUUUUUUUUCCAGUGUCCGUCUUGGCUUCUUUUUUAAGAAACACAGCCAAAUUAAGCUAAUGCUGUGAAAAUUCUAGACCGACAAGCAGGUUUUUUUUUUUUCUUUUGUUGUCGAUCAGGUUAUUAACAAUAUGCAAAGAAGGCCGUUGUGUUUGUUUCCGAUUUGAAAGAAAGAAAAGUAUAAAAGAACUGAUUUUCUGUUCGUUUUUCUUCUUUCUUAAUUCCGUUACUUUUUUUUCAUCAACACUUGUCAAAACCUAUAUCGUUAUUACAACAUGUUUCAAUUCUUGAAUGACUGGAAGCGUCAAAAGGCCGCAAAUAACAAGCACUCAAACAAUACUCAUGCUGCAGAAUUGGAACAAGAUGAAGUACAGGACUACAUUAUUCGAACAGAUUCAAUGGCAUCAGAUAACUCGUCAACGCCUUCUUCAACGGCGACAAGAGAUUCAGCUCCUGCCAUGUCCACGACACCAACGUCCACUAUUGAUUCUCCUCACUGGUUGAUUGACUGGAAUCAAUCGAAAAGACCUUUAUCGUUUAAAGAGGAUUAUGUGUCCUUUCCGAGUCUUGAAGCUCCAACAAAUAAUGAAGUAUCUUGUUCUAAUUGAAUUCAGCCAAUGAUACCGGCAAUAACAACAGCAGUAAAUCAUCUCUCCUCAUUCAAUAUAAUAAGCAAGCAGAAGAAUUAUAUUUAUACCAACGGACUGAAAGAUAUAUUUAUAUACACAUCAAGAUGCAUUUUAUCACCAUA